GUGAAAUUGAUUUUCUUAAAAGUUAUUAUAAUUGUUGCUCCAAAAAAGUAAUUAUCUUGCAAAAAUGACUUCAAACACCAUUUAAAGUGAAACUGAACUAUUUAUUACAACUUUACAUUCACAAUUAAACUAAUUCUACUUGAAUAUACACUAUUUUGCAAUAAUAAUUAUAAUAACCAACAACGAUUAUGUUUUGCAAUAAUUAUUAUACAAAUAAAAUUCCGCUAUCGGUGAAGUCAUGUGACUUCUGGUUCCAAUUUUUUUCAGAUUUUUUUUUUUCAGUUAAAGCUUACAACUAAACACCUUUACCAUUAUAACAAGUUUAACUAACUAUAUACUCAUUCAACCAUGUUAUCCAUUGGUAAGAGACUUUUCUCUACUUCAAGCACAAGAUUGAAUACUCUUGUGUUUGUUGAAUCUUCAAAAUCAAAAGUUUCACCCGCAUCUUUAUCAUCUAUAACUGCUGCUUUACAAUUAGGUAAACCUGUUAGUGCAUUGGUUGCUGGUCCUGAAGGGGAAAUCAUUGCUAAUGAUGUAUCUAAAAUUAAUGGUAUAACAAAAGUUAUCGUGGCUAAAGGUGAUCAAUAUAAUCAUUAUUUACCUGAAGAAUUAUCCCCUUUGGUGAAAGAUAUCUUAACUAAUAAUAACUUUACUCAUUUUGUAACUGCUGCAUCAGCAGUUGGGAAAUCAUUAUUACCAAGAGUUGGAGCUUUAUUAGAUGUUCAACCUAUAUCAGAUAUUGUUAAAGUAGAAUCAGAACAUACGUUUGUAAGACCAAUUUAUGCUGGUAAUGCAUUAUCAACCGUUAAAUCCAAUGAUAAAUUAAUUUUAACCUCAGUAAGAUCAAGUGCAUUUGCUCCAAUUGAAAUCUCAGAUGCCACUAAUCCAAUUGAAGAAUUUUCUGGUAAUAUAUCUUCAAAUAAUAGAACUGAAUUUGUUUCAGAAUCAAUUUUAAGUUCAGAAAGACCUGAAUUAGGUUCAGCUUCAAAAGUUGUAGCUGGAGGUCGUGGUUUAAAGAAUAAAGAAACAUUUGAUCAAUUACUUGAACCAUUAGCAAUUAAAUUAAAUGCGGCUGUUGGAGCAUCAAGAGCUGCUGUUGAUAAUGGAUUCUGUGAUAAUUCUUUACAAAUCGGUCAAACUGGUAAAAUCAUUGCUCCAGAUUUAUAUAUUGCCGUUGGUAUUUCUGGUGCUAUUCAACAUUUGGCAGGUAUGAAAGAUUCAAAAACUAUAGUUGCUAUUAAUAAAGAUCCAGAAUCACCUAUUUUCAAUGUAGCUGAUAUUGGAUUAGUUGGUGAUGUUAAUGAAAUCAUUCCUGAAUUAACUGAAAAGUUAUAAUCUCCUCUCGUCUAUAUAUACUAAUAAACAUUCAUUGAUCCCAUUGUUGCAUAAUUUUUGGUUAUAGUAAUUUUCACGUGCCGCCAUUUUUGAGAGGUCGUUUGGGGCUCACCGAGCUCCACACAAAAUAAAAAUUUAAAUCGUGAC